AUGCCUCAAAACAUAAAAAUAGCUGGCAGCGCCGCUUUUCUUUUUGUGAGUAAUACACUUUUUUCUCCUAUUAGAAUUUAGAAUUACUUUCAGUUCGCAAUGUCGCACCAAACGGGCAUCAAAGCCAACGAGCACCUAGCGAAAGUAUUUGCAAAGGCCAAAAACGGUAAAAUACGAGUGAUAAAAGUAUCAAUUGAAAAUGAACAGCUCAGCUGCAGCGCCACAGCUGAUGUGAAAAAAGACUGGGAACGUGACUACGAUAAGCUUCUGUCGCCCCUCUUCGAGGAGAGUGUUCCCUGCUAUAUCUUGUACCGUACGGAUACAAAAAUACCUCUGGGUUAUGGCUGGCUACUAAUCAGUUGGACUCCAGACACUGCCAGCAUUCGCCAAAAGAUGGUCUACGCUUCAACAAAAGCAACACUCAAGACCGAAUUUGGUUCAGCGUACAUCAUGGAGGAGCUGCACGCUACGACCUUAGAAGAAACUACUUUGGAGGGCUACAAAAAGCAUAAGCGUGAAUUUGCUGCGCCGGCGCCGCUUACCAUGCGUGAGGAAGAGAUGAAGGAACUCCAAAGAUCUGAAGUGCGCACUGAGAUAUCCACGGAGACACGACACCAGACGCUUGGCGGCAUCUCCUGUCCACUGACCGACGCAACGCGUACAGCGGUGCAGGACAUGUUGCGCGGCAACUACGACUAUUUGCAGUUUCGUAUUAGUCUGGAGGAGGAGCGCAUACACGUCUCUAAUGCAGCCAACGUGGAAUUGAGCGAUCUGCCAAAGCAGGUGCCCGACGAUCAUGCGCGAUACCAUCUGUAUCUGUUUAAGCACACCCACGAGGGCGACUACUUGGAGUCCUUUGUAUUCAUAUACUCUAUGCCAGGAUACUCUUGCUCCGUGCGUGAACGCAUGAUGUACUCGAGCUGCAAGGCUCCGUUUCUCGAAGAGCUCGCCUCUUACGGCGUGGAAGUAGCCAAGAAGCUGGAGAUAGACAGCGGUAACGAACUCACCGAGCAAUACCUGCAGGACGAGCUGCAUCCCAAGAAAAUAUUGCAUCGCCCUGCCUUUGCAAAGCCAAAAGGCCCACCGAAUCGCGGAGCCAAGCGCCUAACGCGUCCCUCCAACGAUGACGAUGUCUGAAAUCUAUCGAGUCAAAUUCUUUACACUUACUUUAUGUUUCUUGUUCUCCUCGCAAAGCAUUUAAUUUAUUGCAUUUCAAU